CCCCCCCUCUCUCUCUCUCUCUCUCUCUACGAUCCCCGUAUUGGGAAGAAGCUGCCGGAGCUGGAGUAGCCCCCGGGAGCAGCUGCAGCCAUCAAUGGCCAACUAUCUCUACGCAUACAACCGUAGCUACGGCAUAGCGUCGACGGUCCCCGGCUCGUCGGCCUCCCCCGAAGCCGCGUUCAAGCAUUCCACGGCCGCCCUGGCGUCUUCCGUCUACCAGCUCCCCUCGAGUGAUGUUCUCGGCUCCUCCUCCGCCGAUGCAGGUGGAACUGCCGAUGCUGCUUAUACCUGGGAUGCCGCUGGCAUCAAGCGGUCCUCCCAAGCACUCUACUAUCAGUCUAUCUAUGGUGCCCAAAGCACAAUUGGGCAAACUGAAGCUUGGUACACAAGCAACUCGUUGUCCAAGCGCCCUAGAGUCAAGAAUGCAAGCAAUUUGCCUAUAUAUCCACAGAGGCCAGGAGAGAAGGAUUGUGCUCAUUAUAUGCUUACCAGAACCUGUAAAUUUGGACAUAGCUGCAAGUUUGACCAUCCUAUUUGGGUUCCUGAAGGUGGAAUCCCAGAUUGGAAAGAGGUUUCUCUUCCCAAUACCCCUGAAUGCUUUCCAGAGAGACCAGGAGAGCCAGAUUGUCCAUAUUUCAUUAAGACCCAGAGAUGUAGUUUUGGCUCGAGGUGCAAGUUUAAUCAUCCAAAAGAUAAAAAUUCUACCUUGGGUGCUCCAGGAAGUGGUAAUGCUUCUGCUUUACCUGAGAGGCCACAGGAGCCUCCAUGUGCCUUCUACAUGAAAACGGGGACUUGUAAGUUUGGGGCUACGUGUAAAUUUAAUCACCCCAAGGAUAUUAUGGUGCUUCAUACUGCGCAAGAGAAUGGUGAUGGAGAGCUUAAAGACUCAUUGAGUAACACUGGAGGAAUGAUUGGAGAUGUGAAUAUUGCCCAACCUCUUGUUAACUUCUCGCCAGCUUUGUUGCAUAAUUCCAAAGGGCUUCCUGUUAGACUGGGUGAAGUAGAUUGUCCAUUUUACCUAAAAACUGGCAGUUGCAAGUAUGGUGCCACCUGCCGCUACAAUCACCCUGACCGGAAUGCAAUCAACCCACCAGCUGCUGCCAUAGAUUAUACCAUUCUAGCACCUUCUGCCGGUAUUCCAAAUAUAGUCACUCCAGUUGCCUCCAUCUAUCCAGUCGUUGACCCUACGUUACCGCAGACAAUGUUAGGAGUCGUUCCUUCUGUAUACCCUCAACGACCUGGGCAGAUGGAAUGUGAUUACUACAUGAAGACCGGGGAAUGUAAGUUCAGUGAAAGAUGCAAGUUCCAUCACCCUAUCGAUCGUUCAGCUCAGUCACAGAAAGUAACAAAUCAAAGUGAAGAAGUCAAGCUUACCCUUGCCGGUCUACCUAGAAGAGAGGGAGCGGCUCAUUGCCCAUACUACAUGAAGACUGGCACAUGCAAGUACGGGGCAACGUGCAAAUUUGACCACCCACCUCCUGGAGAGGUCAUUGCUACGGCAGCAUCAUCCCAACAAGGGACGUCAUAAGCGAGUUAGUACCAGACACUUCAGAAGAGCUUGCCAGCCAUUCGAUGAGCAUAAAUCCGUGCCAACUUUUUUAACUCUCUUCUUUACUGGUGACGCCCAGCUGCAUAUAUAGUCAAGCAUCACAUCCUUCUCUUUUGUUGAGUUGAUCAUAAGCUUGUAGUCUUAUCAAGAGUUUGCUACCGGUGUUGGAAAUACAUAUACAUAUGCGUGUAGGUUGCGUAGUUUGCUUGUGUGAUCUUGUUGCUAACUGGAAUUUCCUGGUUGAACGCAUAGCCGAUGUACUUAUACCAGCUAGACAACUAAUAAUUUGAUUUAGAUCCAGGGAGACUUUAAUCUUCA